GCCCAUCACGAAGCCUUCAAGGCCAUUUUACGGUUAGGCCCAGCCCAUACACGCCUCACACUGAAGAAAGAUAUAAAAACAGUCCGUCGAGAUUUAGGGUUUCCCUUCAGAAACUCCCCAAUUCAUCCUGAAUUCCUCGACGCAGCCGCAUUUUCCCUCUUCCUCGCUGAGAGAUGGCGAAGUCGAAGAAUCACACCGCUCACAACCAGUCCUACAAGGCUCACAGGAAUGGCAUCAAGAAGCCUAAGAGGCAUCGCCACACUUCAACCAAGGGGAUGGACCCGAAGUUUCUGAGGAACCAGAGGUACGCGAAGAAGCAUAACAACAAGAGCGCCGAGGAAGGAAGCGCUGAAGAGUAAACGUCACUUGCCUUGUGAAUGGCGGAGUUUUUCAUGUUUGUUUAGUUGCUGGAUCCUUAAGAGCUUGAACUGGAUUUAGUUUACCUAUUUUGAUAGUUUGGAUGAGCUGAAAAUGGUACUGAAUGAUGAAGUUUUCGUUUUGAAGAACUUGCUACUGAUGUUAGACCUGGUUUAUUGAGCUUCAGUGAAUUUUGGAAGGCAUUCUAUAUAUCUGUUCUUGUGCUGUCUUGCUGGAAAUUUGGCCAUGAAUUUUGCGAUUUAGUUGAGUAAUUUGUAGGUUAUGUAGUCUAUGGGU